GACACAAAGUCACAGGGAAUGGGUGUGGAUGACUUUCUGAGUGUUUUCCACUUACUUCUCUGAUCACACUUAACACUGUUGGGCAGACAUGCAGAGAGCAGACUGCAGCAAUGAUCGACUAACUAUUGGAAGAUAUAAUAACACAAAAACAGCAAAAUAUCGUCUUAUUUCGACAAAUGCAGUGAAUAGGAACAACAGGAAGGAGAUCAUUCCCGCACACAUCAGGAUAAAGAAUAAUGGAGGAUUCCUGCCUGGUCCGAUGUGACAGCCUGGAUGCUGGUUCAGAGUGUGACAGGGAGGUGAUGACCCCGAUCAACCAUUUGACUCUUGAGGGCUCUGAUGCUAAAGCAAACCGGGAGCCUUCGUCUGCAGAACUGGCUCAGUGUGAGGCUGAAGUGGGGACGCUGCUCAGCAUCAUUGCUGAACUAAACAAGAAUAUGGGGUCAUUAAAGGCACCAAGUGAACCAGGGGACCUGAAACCACGAGGACCACCCAGACCUCUGGUUCCAGACCUCCUGUCCCAUAGGCUGGCCAGAAGCAGCACAGAGAGGAGCCCUGCCUCUAAACCUUUACUGACUGACCGAGAAGGGGGCGGUAGUGUAGUGUGGACUAAACUACAAGCGGUUUUAUCAUCAGUGGAGGACUCCAUCAGCUGUAAAAGGUCCUGGGCCGCCCCCAUCACAGCUUCUGACCAAGACAAGCACAGAGAGCAUAUGUGGGCAGCUCAGGAGAGCUGGGUUAAGGUCACUCAGAUAUUGGAGGAGAUGGAAAUAGAGUUUGGGAUUUCAUGCCCAUCAGGCCUGCCAAAGGAUCAAUAUCAGGAGGACAUCCUGGAUCUGGAGAAGCAACACUCUGCUCUCAGAAGCCCCUUGCAGAGUCACCAGGAGGAGCUGGAGACAGCACAAAGCACCUUCAGCCAGAUGGAAGAGGAGAAGAACAAGCUGUUGGGUCUCCACAGGUCCUGGAGUUCAGGCAGUCGCUCUCCUUCCUACCGGCCCACUGCAGGGGCCCCUCCUCCACCUGGUUCACCUUUACUCUACAGAAGGACAGCCAGAGCUGUAACACCUCUGUCUGUGGGGGGCGAUGGUUCUCCAGGGGGCUCUGUUACCUCAUGCAGUCCUUGUCAUAGUCCCAUCAACCUUGAGUCUGAGACAGAACGACUGAACAGGUGCAUUGAGAGGCUGAGGGCCAGAAAUGAACGGUUGACUGCAGCUCUGGAGCGAAGGAAGGGAGAGUCAGAACAGACCAGCAUUGCACUAAACAGACUUGAGGCAAACUGCUCUGCACUGCAGACGGCUCUCAGAAACAGUGAGGAGUGUGAAGAGGCCUACAGCGAGCUACUGUCACUCUAUGACGCCGAGAAGCAGCAAAGCAUUCCUCUGCAGACAGACUCAGCAGAGGCAGUCGGUGACAGGCAGCAGCUCGACAGUCAGUCAGCUCAGCUCAUGGGAACUGAAGAGCUGUCCACCUCUUUCUCAACAGCAGGAGUCACAGAGGAGACAGAAACACAGAGUCACACAGGGCAGAGGACACCUGAGCUGGUGGAGCGAGAGGCUGUCCUCCGUCAGCAAAUUGAGCGCCUAAAGAGGGAUCGGGCAGCCAUUUGUCGACCUAAGCGGAGCCCAGGAGUUGAGGGCAAAAUGAGCCCCGAAACUAGUCACCCAGCUGGAUCAAGAGUUGGUCAUGUGACUAAAGAUAACGCCAAACUUCCUGAUUCCAAGAAAGAGAAGGCUUCCCUCUUCUAUGAACUCAUCUCUGUCAGGGAGAUGUCAGAUCUGCGAGCUCUAAUCCGCCUCAAGGAGAAAGAGCUGAGGUGUCUGGAGUGGGGUUUAAUGGGCCAGAAGGCCCACGAAGCAGCUGAAGCCUUCGUUCCAGAAAGCCUGAGAGAGGAGAUGGAGGAUUGUAAGACCGAACAACAGAAGCUCUGUGAAAAUGCAGCUGAACAGGGUAGUGAUGGGGACAACACUGAUCUUCGAACCAGACCGGUUCUGAAAGAGCUGCAGGCCGUACUGCAAAGGGAACUAGCCCUGAAGAAAAGACUGGCUUUAGUUCAAGACUCACUAAACACAGCUCUGUCCGACAGCACCUCGCACAGGAGGGACAAUGGAGAGCAGAUUGCCCGACUUACACAAGCUCACAGUAAAGCCUUGAGUUCAUACCGGCAGAUUCGCCGGAAGUACCGGGAGCAGGUGUGGAGGCUGGAGCAGAAGGUGGCGGCCGUGAUGGAGACUCACCCUCUCCAGAGUGGAGCCCCGAAAGCUGCAGUCGAGGCCUUGGACUGGAAGAGGGAAGACACAGUUCUGUGAUCCUAUGAUUGUGCAGAAUUAACUGCGAUAGUCAAAAGUAUCAUUAAUUUAAGUGGCUUAUAUGUAUUAUUUUUAAUAACUUGGAGUGGAGUUAUUGACAUUGUGAGCAUUUCGCUCAAAGCUGUGCUCACAGCCUCACAGAGCUGCUAGCAUGGCUGUAGACUUAGUCUCCUCAUUAAGAUCUACGUAUCUGUCAACCCAUCAAUGACAUUUACAGCAAUUUGUUCAGGAAUUCAUUGUGUGAGCGCGGUAAAUAUAGCGUAUUUAGGGCAGUAGAACAUUGAAAGCAGUUUCAGUUCUGCUUUUUCACACUUUUCUUGGUGUGAGUCACCAAUAAACCAGAGCUCAACUUGUUUAACAGGACUCACACAUCAAAAGACACAUUCCUGUGAGAAACAGCUGUCAUGCAGUCAUGAAUGUUUUAGGCUGAUUCAAGGACUGAGCCCUCUGAGGAGCUCAGGACUGACCUCGAGAGUGCACAUGUCCUUUUUCCCAUACAAGCUGGCCGUGCUGUCGUCACAGAGCUCAGAGAAGGGGGAUGGGGGCCAGGACAAUGGCCGAUGUGCACACAAAAUGUAUGACCAGCCCUAUCGUCUCUUAGCUCUUUCAUAGUUCUCUCUGCCUGUCGCUAUUAUUAUUCUUAAGUAAAUGAGUAGUUCACUCCACUUAAUCAUUUGAAUCCUAUAACAUUUGAAUAAAGGGAACACAAUUGAUGCAGCAGACUCGAAGAUAUGAUCUUUUUCAUUCAGUGCAUUCUUCUUCCUUGUCAAAACCUGGCGUUUACAUUACCCACAAUGCAGCUCGACCAUCAACAGUUGGGUUGGAGAUUUGGGUGUGGUAUGCUAGCUGCUAA